AUGAGCGGCUCACCUGCUUCCUCCACCAGUAUUCUAGUCACUGCGCCGUGGCUGCGCGACAACCUGGGCCGCGUCAAAGUCCUUGACUGCUCGUGGCACCUGCCAACUGCAAACCGUAGCGCCAAGCACGAGUUCGCCCGCGCCCACAUCCCAGGAGCGCACUUCUUCGACAUCGACACAAUCAAGGAUCUGACCCGUCCCGACCUGCCGCACAUGCUCCCGCAGCCGGCCUUCUUUGCCUCGGCCAUGGACAAGUUUGGCAUCGCCAACCACGACCACGUCAUCGUCUACGACUCGGCCGGCGUCGGCCCUGCAUGCCGCGUGUUUUGGACCUUCCAUGCAAUGGGCCACGACAAUGUGUCUGUGCUCGACGGCGGCCUGCCCGCGUGGACCGCCCAGGGCGGCGAGACAGAGGCUGGGCCUGAGACUGCCGAAACUUCUCACACCACCCAGAGCUACAUUGCCCAUCCUGACCAACGCAUCGUGUGCAACUACGCCGACGUCAUCGGCGCAAUCGAGGAGCUCAAGGCUAGCGCCGGCGCCCACGGCCGCCAGAUCAUUGACGCCCGCCCGCACGCGCGCUUCACUGGCGCCGCGCCCGAGUUCCGCCCCGGCCUGUCGUCCGGCCACAUGCCGAUGGCUCUCAGCGUGCCGUCGUCCGAGAUGACCGUUGCGACCGACACCUCGCCCGCUGUGCUCAAGCGCCCCGCUGACAUCCGCGCCGCCUUCGAGGCCGCCGGCGUCAACCUCAAGCGCCCAAUCAUCGCGUCGUGCGGCAGCGGCGUCACCGCCGCCGUGCUGUACUUUGCCCUGCUUAACGCCGGCGUCGACCGCAGCGCCCUAACCCUGUUCGACGGCUCGUGGACAGAGUACGCCCUCAACCCGCACAGCGAGAUCAUCAUCGACGCACCAACAAAAUCAAAUUCAAGCUAG